GGGGGAGGUCGGGUUUAUUCUGGGCGUGUAUCAGCUCAGGUUUGAAUGGAGACGGAAAUAUGUGAGUUUCUGUGAAGAAAAUAGAAAAAAGAAAAACACGGACGCGAAGUAAAGCCCGCAGGCCAGAGAACAUUUCACAUUCACUGAUCCAGAGCGACUAAACUACAAGAAGAGGAUUUUACUCAUCUGCAAACUGUCCGUCCUCUCCUCUCCGUCAGCCUCCAAGAUAGAUUCUCUCAGGAGUAAGGUGGAACUGCUGAAGUUGCCAUUGACUCUGUCGUCCAAAUCCAUCUCGGAGCGCAAGACUCAGCUGGGCGGAACCACAGAGCGCUCCAGGGGCGGAGCUGGGGCCCACAAACCCCGCCCACCAGCCCCAGACAUGGAUAACGAGUCGCAGUACUCGGGCUACUCCUACAAGUCUUCACAUUCACGCAGCUCUCGCAAGCACAGGGACAGGAGAGACAGGCAUCGCUCGAAGAGCAGAGACGGCAGCAGCAGAGGAGACAAGUCUGUGACCAUCCAGGCUCCUGGAGAGCCGCUGCUGGACGCCGAGUCCACACGCGGAGAUGACCGGGAUGAUAACUGGGGCGAGACCACCACCGUCGUGACCGGGACGUCCGAGCACAGCGUGUCUAAUGAGGACCUGACGCGGGCGUCUAAAGAGCUGGAGGACUCGUCGCCGCUGGAGUGCCGUCGGUUCGCGGGGCCCGUCCUGAGCGGUGUUCUGGGUCUGUUCGCGCUCCUGACGCCGCUGGCCUUCCUCCUGCUGCCGCAGCUGCUGUGGCGUGACUCUCUGGAGCCCUGCGGGACCCCAUGCGAGGGCCUCUACGUCUCGCUGGCCUUCAAGCUUCUGGUGCUGCUCAUCUCGUCCUGGGCCCUGUUCCUGCGGCCGCCCCGCGCCACUCUGCCGCGCUUCUUCGUCUUUCGCUGCCUGCUGAUGGCGCUGGUCUUCCUCUUCGUGGCCUCGUACUGGCUCUUCUACGGCGUCAGGGUGCUGGAGCCCCGAGAGCGUGACUACAGGGGCAUCGUGGGAUACGCCGUCUCGCUGGUUGACGCGUUGCUGUUCAUUCAGUAUCUGGCGCUUGUGCUGCUGGAGGUCAGGCACCUCAGACCGGCCUUCUGCCUCAAAGUGGUUCGCACCACCGACGGGGCCAGCCGCUUCUACAACGUGGGACACCUCAGUAUCCAGCGAGCGGCGGUGUGGGUUCUGGAUCACUACUACACUGACUUCCCCGUCUACAACCCUGCUUUACUCAACCUGCCCAAGUCCAUCCUCUCUAAAAAGAUGUCUGGAUUUAAGGUGUACUCCCUGGGAGAAGAGAACAGCACCAAUAACUCGACCGGUCAGUCUCGAGCGAUGAUCGCCGCCGCCGCCCGCAGACGAGACAACUCUCAUAACGAAUACUACUACGAGGAGGCCGAGAUGGACCGCAGGAUCAGAAAACGCAAGGCCAGACUGGUGGUGGCAGUAGAGGAGGCGUUCACUCACAUCAAAAGGCUUCAGGACGACGAGGCGGCGACGUCGCCCAAGCACCCGCGUGAGGUGAUGGACCCUCGAGAGGCAGCCCAGGCAAUCUUCGCACCCAUGGCACGAGCCAUGCAGAAAUACUUGCGCACGACGCGCCAGCAGCCCUACCACAGCAUGGAGAGCAUCAUCGCGCACCUGCAGUUCUGCAUCACUCACAACAUGACGCCCAAGGCGUUUCUGGAGCGGUACCUGGCCCCGGGCCCCACCAUGCAGUACCAGCGUGAGAACGGCAGGGGGCGCCAGUGGACUCUGGUGAGCGAGGAGCCUGUGACCUCAGCGCUGCGGCAAGGGUUGGUCUUCUCCCUCCGCCGCCUCGAUUUUUCUCUGGUUGUCACGGUGACACCCCUCCCCUUCCUCAACCUGGGGGAGGAGUUUAUCGAUCCCAAGAGCCACAAGUUUGUCAUGCGGCUCCAAUCAGAGACCUCAGUGUGAUAACCACAAGAGACUCCAUUACAAGGACACAACCACUCGUUUUUUGUCUUUUAGAUAUCACUUUUAUGACCGUUUGUAUGUUUUUUUUUUUUUUUUUUUUUUUGUUGUUUUUGUUU